AUGGAGACGACUGUGCUGGAGUAUGAGAGACUGGUGACCAGAGUGAUUCAUCACACAACUAUUAUAGAAGUUCUGGUGAAGGAAGCUCUGGUUAAGUACAAAUAUGAGAAGGGCUCUCAUCUGAGUUCAUGCCUGCCUUCUUCUCCACUCCAUUGCUUUGGUGAAGCCAAGAUGAAGCUCAUAAUUGUCUUUGCCGGACUUCUUGGAGUCUUCCUGACCCCAGCCCUUGCUUUCACUGAUAUCAACAUUGGCGGUGACAGCAACAGUGGUAUAAGUGGGCAGCAGUCAGUGAGUGUCAACAAUGAACACAAUGUGGCCAAUAUUGACAAUAACAAUGGAUGGGACUCCUGGAAUGCCCUCUGGGAUUACAAUACUAACUUUGCUGCGAUUAGACUCUUUAAAAAGAAGAUAUGCAUUGUGCACAGAAUGAACAAGGAUGUCAUGCCCUCUCUUCAUACUCUUGAUGCACUGGUCAAGGAAAAGAAGCUUCAGGGUAAAGGACCAGGGGGACCACCUCCCACGAGUCUGAUAUACUCAAUCAACCCUGAGAGAGUCAAUGAUCUGGAAAAGUUAGGGAAACCCAUCGCUGGCAUGUGCAGAGGGAUUCCAACAUACACAGCUAAUGAGCUUGAAGGGGCAAGCCUGUUCUUUUACUCAAAAGCAUGCGUCCGUGCUGAUAUACUCUGGAUUCUGAGAAUUUCCUUAUGUGGAGAAUUGGAGGUGUAAAAAGAAAAAAAAAGUCACUUUGAAUUUAAUGAUCAGAAUAUUUUAUGCAAAAAAAAACACAUUGGGUUCUAAAGGUUUUUAUCAUGUCAUUCUGAAAUGUAUUCUUCCAGUUAUGUUUGGCUUCUUUAAGUUUCAAUAAAUCUACUCAGCACUAAA